AUGGAAAGUGGAAUUAUUUUCUUUGUUUUAAGUGUCCUACUAAUUUUAUGCUGCAUGUGUUGUACUUGCAUCUGUCAAGAUACAGAAACACCAGCUCAAAAUAUCCCCACAAAUCAACAAAUUCAAACUCCCUUAAUAACACGUGAGAUUUAUUUUAUUCGCGUCGAUGAAACUUCAAAUAAUCAAACUAAUCAGCAAGAGAAUCAAAGAACAAAUGAAAUUCCACCAGAAUAUGCAAAUAUGAAGCCACAAGAGACAGUAAGUGGAUGGCAACAAGGAAGUGGAAUUAGUGGAGUUCCAGUUGAUGCAAGAGUUCCUGCUAAUGCUCAACCACCAACAAUUUCGGAUGAUGAAUAA